CCUGGAGCUUGACUUAGGAUCUACUCCGCCAGUGUAGCUACAAUUACAUUCAUUAUCUACUCCUGUUCCUCCUUCAAAGAUGCGGAUCUGGCGUCGGUCAUUCGCCACAUCUUUUGCGAGGCUCAAUUCUAGGCCCGCGACAACGGUCUCCGGCCCUCCGCUUCUCCGGUGCGCGCAAGUCCUCGACAAAAACCGCACAGGCCCCAACAGUCUGGAAGACCAAGAAAUCAAAUUACAGGGAUACAUCAAUAAUGUUCGCAAACACAAGCGCUUUUCCUUUGUAGAAUUCGCCGAUGGAUCAACUGUCGAGGCUCUGCAGGCUAUGGUGAGUGCGGCGCAGGCCGCUGGGCUAACCAAGGGAACAACGCUUGAAAUCACAGGAGUGUGGAAGGCAUGUCCUCCAGGCAAGUCCCAGACGCAUGAGCUGCAUGCAACAUCAGUACACAUUAUAGGUGAAACAGAUGCCGAGACCUACCCCAUCCAGAAGAAAUAUCAAAGCGCCGACUUCCUUCGUCAAAUCCCUCACCUCCGCAUGCGCACUCCCUUCAACUCACUUCUCUCCCGGCUCCGAUCCGAAGUCCUAUACCAGCUUGGAAAUGUAUUUCGAAAUGCUCCGAAUGGAGGAUUCGUACAGGUGCAGCCGCCGUUGAUCACGUCGUCGGAUUGCGAAGGCGCAGGUGAGACGUUCACCGUGUUGCCAAAGGUAGCAUUGGGGGGAUCAGCACCCCCCGCCGAGGGCGAGCACUUCUUCCGCGCGCCCAAAUACCUUACUGUCUCGUCCCAGUUACACCUGGAAGCCUACGCGGCCGAGCUAGGUAAUGUCUGGACUUUGUCGCCCAGUUUUCGGGCCGAGAAAAGCGACACGCCGCGCCACCUCAGCGAAUUUUACAUGUUGGAAGCCGAAGCGAAUUACAUGCACGAUUUAGACUCGUUGACGGAUCUCGUCGAAUACCUGCUCCGCGACCUCACGCGGCGGCUCUACGACACCCCCGUCGCACAGGAACUCAUCUCGUACAAGGGACCUGUGGAGGAAGGCAAGGAGGGCAGCACCAGGCCUGACCUACUCGCACGCUGGCGCGCCCUGUUGGACGGGCCCAAGUGGCGACGCAUGACCUACACCGAGGCGAUAGAGAAGCUUCAAGCGGCGGUUGCCACGGACGGCGCCUCAUUCGAGUACCCGCCCACGUGGACGGGAGGGCUUCAGCUCGAACACGAGAAGUACAUUGUAGAAGUGAUGAACCACGGUCAGCCGGUCUUCGUAACCGAUUACCCGAAGGCCAUCAAGCCGUUUUACAUGGCACCGUCCAGCGACGGAGACAGCAGCCGCCGUCACGGCGGCGAAACCGUCGCGUGCUUUGACCUCCUCCUACCCGAGGUCAGCGAGGUCGCAGGCGGGUCUCUUCGCGAGCACCGCCUCCCCGAGAUCAUCCAGAACAUGCGUGACCACGGCUUGAUCAAGCAGGUUGCUGCCAAUGAGGACGGGAAGAGCGACUCCCCAGCGGACGACUCGUCGUCAACCUCCCCAGCCCCAGCCCUCUACCCCCAUCUGCUUCCUGGGGAAGACCUGGGCCAUCUCCAAUGGUACGCCGACCUCCGACGCUGGGGCACGGCGCCGCACGGGGGCUUCGGAAUGGGCUUUGACCGGUUCUUGAGCUACUUGGCCGGGGUACCUAGUGUGCGAGACGUGGUAGCGUUCCCUCGCUACUUUGGUCGGGCAGAUUGUUAGCCUUUUCCACCUGGGGAAAGAAACUAGCUAUUGUAUAUUCAUGUAUUUUUAUCACCGUGACCUUCCAGGAGCAAAGCGUAAUCUCCACACACGCACACAUACACCUUUC